UUUGGUCCCCCCUUCCUCUCCAUUCAUCAGGGGUGGACUGUGUUGUCUUUUCAAUUCAUUUAUCUGCAGGAAUGAUUGCGACUAUCAGUCUGAAGCUCACCGCCUGACUGGGGAGGUGAAAGUUUCGCCACAGGAAGAUAAACCGCAAAAUACAAUAUUGUACAUGAUUUGCGUGUGCAUCGGAUGCGAAUUAGUGUGGGGGAAAAUUCCACUCUUGUUUUAGGUAAAUAGAAAACCGGUGGAUUGGAGUUUGUACUCCUCUGUAAGGUCUGAGAGAGACUUUUGCAUAAAGAGAGAAAGCGAGAGAAGUAUAGGAGUGAGAGAAUAACUGUUCGUGAUUUUUUAUUUCUGCUCUCAGUCGCCUCAUUGAGUUGUAGACUGCCGGAAGAUGCUUCUGGAUGCAGGACCCCAGUACCCCACCAUAGGAGUCACUACGUUCGGCUCCUCAAGGCAUCACUCAACAGGCGAAGUCACAGAAAGAGAAGUGGCUUUGGGCAUAAAUCCGUUCGCAGACGGGAUGGGAGCUUUUAAAAUCAACCACAGCUCCCACGACCUGGGCUCCGGCCAGACGGCGUUCUCCUCCCAGGCUCCCGGCUACGCUGCUGCCGCCCUGGGUCACCACCACCACCCGACACACGUCAGCUCCUACUCUACCGCAGCCUUCAACUCCACCCGGGACUUUCUCUUCAGAAACCGGGGCUUCGGGGAUGCCACCAGCGCGCAGCACAGCCUGUUUGCCUCGGCAGCGGGAAGUUUUGCAGGGCCACAUGGACACUCCGAUGCCGCCGGGCACCUGCUCUUCCCGGGACUCCACGAGCAAGCCGCAAGUCAUGCAUCAUCAAAUGUCGUCAACAGCCAGAUGCGGCUUGGCUUUACCGGGGACAUGUACGGCCGGGCUGACCAGUACGGCCACGUUACGAGCCCCCGCUCCGACCACUACGCCUCCUCCCAGCUGCACGGCUAUGGCCCUAUGAACAUGAACAUGGCGGCUCACCACGGGGCAGGGGCCUUCUUCCGAUACAUGAGGCAGCCCAUCAAACAAGAGCUCAUCUGUAAGUGGGUCGAGCCCGAACAGUUGUCGAACCCCAAAAAGGCUUGCAACAAAACGUUCAGCACGAUGCACGAGCUCGUGACCCACCUGACAGUGGAGCAUGUCGGUGGACCGGAGCAGUCUAACCAUAUCUGCUUCUGGGAAGAGUGCGUCCGAGAAGGAAAACCAUUUAAAGCCAAGUACAAACUGGUAAAUCAUAUCAGAGUGCACACCGGAGAGAAACCAUUCCCGUGUCCCUUCCCCGGCUGUGGAAAAGUGUUUGCCCGAUCGGAGAACCUGAAGAUCCACAAAAGGACACACACUGGCGAAAAACCUUUCAAGUGUGAGUUUGAGGGCUGCGACAGACGGUUUGCCAACAGCAGCGACCGGAAGAAACACAUGCACGUCCAUACAUCUGACAAGCCUUAUCUCUGCAAGCAAUGCGACAAGUCCUACACACAUCCAAGCUCUCUGCGGAAACACAUGAAGGUUCACGAGGCUACCACGCAAGGACCCCAACCGUCACCAGCGGCCAGUUCCGGGUACGAAUCGUCCACGCCGCCCACCAUCGUGUCCCCGUCCACAGAGAACCAUAAUUCCAGUUCCAUAUCACCGGCAACCUCGACAGUACACCACACGACCAGUCACCACACCACGCUGUCGUCAAAUUUUAACGAAUGGUACGUGUAAAACAUUUUCACAAAGACUGCAGAAAUAGGACUGCUUGGAAUCAAAGACUUUGAAAGUCAGUCUAUUAUGCGUGGACAGAGAAAAAUACGAGGAAGCCAAAAUGGUUGGUUAAUGGCUACAGAGAGAGAGAGACAGAGUGAUGCAUGGACAAGGUGCACGACCAGCUACCAAGUUAAAGUUUUUUAAACACCCCCCCCCCCCCCACCCUCGGCUCUUUUUUGAAAGACUGCACGCAAGAUAUCUCAAUGCAUGCUAUCUGCGGUUCGUGGCCUGAUUUUCUUUGUACAUAAAGAUUCACAGUUCAAACGUGUUAUAUUUUAUUUUGUAAAUAGUUAUAUCACAGUUUAAGGGGCAUUUGUGAAAACGUGGUCCCUAGAUAUAUGGAAAAUGAGAUGGUUUUACCAAUAAUAUUGCGAUGACUAGUGUUGAUUGAACAGAAUGUUGUAGAUGAUGUGUACCCCAAUGUGAAUUACUCAGUAUAACUUCCGUCUCCACUAUGACGUCGACCUUACCGACUAUUAGUCUAUUAAUGUGCUUUUGUAUUUGGUACCACAUUCCGUCUACGGUCCAGUUGGAGUAGCACAGUACUUACCAUUGCUGUUAUUUAAUGUCAUGUCGAUAAAUCGUGUAGUGAAAGCCUGAAACUCCGUGUCAAUCUGUUUAUGUACGUGAUAAAAUAUUUUAAAAAACUAUUUGUCCAUUACCUUGAUAAUGUCAAGGCAGUAUUACCUACAUGUAUAUAGCUCAAUUUUCCAUAUUUAUCCGCAUGUAAAGGGGAACGUUAGAAAUGAUCGGGAUUUAUGGAGAAAUACGCUCUUAUGUAGAAUUUAGUCUACACAAAAUGUUUGGUUACAUUUCGUACUAUAUUAAAGCAUAAAAAAAUACAACCAACUAUUGUCUUCCAAUAUGUUUUGUCUCUCAUAGCCUACUGUCUAAAUAUGACUGGACAUCAAAAUGACUGUUUCGUGAUUACCUAUGUAUACCAUUAUCAUUAACAACACAGUUAAAUAGAGAACUAGGCAUUUAGUAAAGCAUGAUAAGCCUAUAUGAGGUAUUAUAUUGAAAUAACUAUCAUACUAAAUAACCGUUUUAAAUGACAUGUUCACAGGGGCACAAAUCAAAGAGGUGGUGCGCAUUUCAUAACACACGAAUAUCAAUGAAGUGACAUCAUAUGCGGACCGUCUUAUCAGGCUCGGCUUAUCAGGCUCGUCUUAUCAGGCUCGGCUUAUCAGGCUCGUCUUAUCAGGCUCGGCUUAUCAGGCUCGGCUUAUCAGGCUCGGUUUAUCAGGCUCGGUUUAUCAGGCUCGGCUUAUCAGGCUCGGCUUAUCAGGCUCGGUUUAUCAGGCUCGGCUUAUCAGGCUCGGUUUAUCAGGCUCGGCUUAUCAGGCUCGGCUUAUCAGGCUCGGCUACUGCUCUAUCACCCGCUUAUCGAAGGGCACCACCUCAAUCACAUCAUGCUGCCUUUUUAGGCUUGCACAAUCCAAUUCAGUAAUACGAAAUUAAUGUUAAGUAAUUUCAUUAUUCCUGUCCUUGUCUCCUGUUAAUCCAUAAUUAACAUACCAGUCCUUGCCCUCGAGUAAUUCGCGAAUGUAAACGGUUAAUCGUGACGGAUAUAAUUAUCAGUCUGUGUAAACGAAAUUGUUUAUGUUUUUACUUAAUUGUUUGUCGAUGUAAUUCAGUUUCCCCAAAGCUAGCUGUGUCAGAUGGAUGUCAUAGUGCCGAGGAAGUGUUGGGACUUCUGGAGUCAGUGUUGUAGUCUUUGUUCCGUGGUGUAGCCAGCCUGGUUGACCGGACCAUUAGGCAGGGUUCACGUCAACAGACAGACGCCAGUGAUCACCAGCCUGGCCUGCGUCGUUAACACUGCCAGUGCGCUAAAGCGACACAGAAUAGAAUCAUAUAAUCCCCGAUCUGUCAGUCUGCAGCUGACAACAUGACACGUUGGACAGGCCGAAAAAUGACGAAACAAUUCUAACAGAAAAGACGAAGACAAAUGGCCUGCACACAAUGUUCAAUUCAUCAGUCAUCAGUAACAAUCCUCACGCAGUGUGUUUAUGUGUGUGUUUUUUUUUACAUAUAGUUUACAGUAAUACUACGGGCCUAAACAUUUUCUCUGAAAUAAGAUUUGAAAUAAGAUCUGUUUUUUAAAAUUAAAAUGAUUUGCAAUCGUAAAGGAUGGAACUAAGAGUUGAAAUAUGAUCUGUUUUUAUAAAAUACGUUACCAUGGUCCAGGAUGAAAUAGAAGAAUUACUAUGUGUUUUUCCAAGUCCAUAUAAAACAUUUGAUUGAAAAUGUAA